CCGCGCUGACUACAGGGGCGGGGCUACCCGGCCUCCAUUACCCUGCCAGGACCCGGUCUGUCUCCGUCUCUGGCUACGUGCGGGAGUGCGGCGCAUGCGCGGGGAGGGCAGCGCCUGCGCAGUCGUGUCUUAAGAAUCCUUUGUGCUCUAGGCGCCCACCGCGCCAGCCAAGGAGCGUGGGAACCCUGAGUAAGGGCUUUGCUAGGGGAAACGGUGCUGGUUCACUGGGGCGCGUUUCCGGGAAGGUGAAUACCGGUGAAAGUUAUGCUGAGAGUGAGUAAACUCAAAAACUGACACUUGAUUCAGCUAUUGGAAAGUUUUUUAAUGUGGUUGGAACAACUGAGGGAUUGUUCAAGGAGAAAUCCAUCCUGACUGGAAUGUAGUAAAGAGAGGACAGUCAUUCCCAGAGAAGGGCAAUUUCCCCACUCUUCCCUUGUCGUUAAAUGGUCGACUGAAGCUGCAGAAAUGCUGAUGAUACAGACAUUACUGGCCUGACUAUAUGAUAAUGAAAUGACCUCCAUCUGGGAUGCUCCUCAUCCAGCUUAUGAGUGCUGCUGUUAUAAAAGACACCCCACCACCAUGAACACCAUAUGUGAUUUUGCUUUGGGGACCUAAAAAGGAUGUAAAAGAGACGGCUUUGGAUUUUUAUUCCCAACUUCCUCCUGUCAGACUUCAAGAUAAUAUUAUACAAAGUGUAGGGUUUUAUACAAGAAAGUAAAUUUAAAAAAAGAAAAGGUCAAGAAUUCUUUAGAUGUUUAAGAAUUAGAAGCCUUUAGAUGUUUAAUCUAAAAUGACAUGAAAAAGGAACAAAUGGGCAGAGUACCCACCAGAUCUUUGAUGAAAUUUUUCAGGAAGCGAGAGAAAUACAAACUGCUUCUUCUCAAACUUCCCAAGAUAUGAAAAUACCAAAGCAAAUAUACUUGGCUUGUCUAAGAUUAGGGGAAUUUCAGAUAGAGAAAGGUUCUCAUGAGCCUCCAGCACCAGCACUGAAUUCCAAAAUAUCUGCUUUUAUUUUUUUUUCUUUUUGCAACUUUUUUUUUUUUUUUAGAUUCAGGGAGUACAAGUGCAGGUUUGUUAUGUGGGUUGUGUAUUAGUCCUUUCUCACACAGCUGUGAAGAAAUAUGAGACACUGGGUAAUUUAUAAAAAAAAGUUUGAAUCACAGUUCCUCAUGGCUGGGGAGGCCUCAGGAAACUUACAAUCAUGGUGGAAGGCACCUCUUCACAGAGCGGCAGGACAGAGAAUGGGUGCCCAGCAAGGUGGAAAGCCCCUUUUAAAAACAUCGGAACUUGUGGGAACUCAGUAUCAUGAGAAGAGCAUGGAGAAAACUGCCCCCAUGAUUAAACUAUCUCUACCUGGUCCCACCCUUGAUACAUGGGGAUCAUUACAAUUCAAGAUGAGAUUUGGGUGGGGACACAGGACCAAAUCAUAUCAUUCUGCCCCUUGCCCCUCCCAAAUCUCAUGUUCUCACCUUUCAAAACACAAUCAUGCCUUUCCAACAGCCCCCUACGUCAGCUCAUUCCAGCAUUAACCCAAAGUCUAAGUCCAGAGUCUCAUCUGAGACAAGAACUUGGCAGGAUGAAGACAACGUGUAUAAAAGGUGAGGUAAUUGGUAUCCAGUGGAGGUUGGUGCGAUUGGUUCGCUUAUUUAUCCAGCAGUCCUGGCCUGGGAAGGCUCCUGUUUUCAGUCAGAUUUCCCACUGUGAUAUGUGGGUGGAGAGAAGAAUUCCGAAUUCCAAGAACCUGGACAACUUGCCGUCAAGACUUUCCAUCAGGUCUUGAAGAUAAAUAUGAAUUUAGAUUCAAUACAUCGAUUAAUUGAGGAAACACAGAUCUUCCAGAUGCAACAAUCAUCAAUUAAGUCACGCGGCGACAUGGUGGCACUUGCCUCACCCCCCAGGGAUACCUGUAAUACCUGCUUCCCACUUCAUGGGCUACAAUCUCAUGCUGCUCACAAUUUCUGUGCCCACUCAUAUAACACCAACGAAUGGGAUAUUUGUGAAGAACUUCGCCUGCGGGAGCUUGAAGAAGUCAAGGCCAGAGCUGCUCAGAUGGAAAAGACCAUGCGGUGGUGGUCGGACUGCACUGCCAACUGGAGAGAAAAAUGGAGUAAAGUUCGAGCUGAAAGGAACAGUGCGAGGGAGGAAGGAAGACAACUCAGAAUAAAACUAGAGAUGACGAUGAAAGAAUUGAGUACCCUGAAAAAGAAACAGAGUUUGCCACCUCAGAAGGAGGCAUUAGAAGCUAAAGUUACCCAGGAUCUGAAGCUUCCUGGCUUCGUAGAAGAAUCCUGUGAACAUAGAGAUCAAUUUCAAUUGAGUUCACAAAUGCAUGAGUCUAUCAGAGAGUAUUUGCUAAAAAGACAAUUUUCUACAAAGGAGGACACAAACAAUAAGGAACAAGGUGUGGUUAUUGAUUCUCUAAAAUUAAGUGAGGAGAUGAAGCCCAAUCUAGAUGGUGUUGAUUUAUUCAACAAUGUUGGUUCUGGAAACGGUGAAAUGAAAACUGGGCUGAGACUGAAAGCAAUAAAUCUGCCUUUGGAAAAUGAAGUAACUGAAAUUUCAGCUUUGCAGGUGCAUUUGGAUGAAUUCCAAAAAAUCUUAUGGAAGGAAAGAGAAAUGCGCACAGUUUUGGAAAAAGAAAUAGUGAGACUGGAGUCGGCUUUGUCUCUGUGGAAGUGGAAGUAUGAAGAACUGAAAGAAUCAAAGCCAAAAAAUGUGAAAGAGUUUGACAUUCUUCUUGGUCAGCAUAAUGAUGAAAUGGAAGAACUGUCAGACAAUAUAAAGGAAGAAUCCAAAUCUCAAAACAGCAAAGACAGAGUGAUUUGUGAGUUAAGAGCAGAGCUAGAGAGAUUGCAAGCUGAAAAUACCUCGGAGUGGGACAAGAGGGAAAUACUUGAAACAGAAAAGCAGGGACUGGAGAGAGAAAAUAGAAGGCUGAAGAUCCAGGUGAAAGAAAUGGAAGAGCUCUUGGAUAAGAAAAAUAGAUUAAGUGCAAACUCUCAAAAUCCUGAUUUCAAGAUGUCACAAAUUGAUCUGCAAGAAAAAAACCAGGAAUUACUGAACCUUCAACAUGCCUACUAUAAACUAAGCAGACAAUACCAGGCAAAUAUUGCAGAACUGACUCAUGCAAACAACCGAGUGGAUCAAAAUGAGGCAGAAGUAAAGAAACUAAGAUUACGAGUGGAAGAACUAAAGCAGGGACUCAACCAAAAAGAAGAUGAGCUGGAUGAUUCCGUGAGUCAGAUCCAUAAGCUCCAGAGGUCUCUGGAUGAAGAGAAAGAAAGAAAUGAAAACUUAGAGACUGAACUCAGGCACUUGCAAAACUGGAACUCAGCACUGGGGGGCAAAGAGGCCCGACCUUCAGGUGCACACUGAUGAUACCUUCAGCUAUACGACUGACCCUUCAAAGUUUGAAAGUGGAAUAGAAAAACUUAGACUGCAUUUUCUGAUUGUCACCUGGCUCUGUUAUUCUCUGUUCUAUGGCAUUGCUAGCCUCUCAGCUUAACUACUUGUAGAUUAUGAGUGUCAAGUAAUGUUGCUCUUCUAUGCAAAUAUUUUCCUCAUUUUAGAUAACCUAGGCAUCUAGAUAAAGUUAUAAUCAAAAUUAUUGAGAGUUUUUCUAUCUGUAUGUUUAAUGAUUUAUGUUAUUGUUUCAAUCAUUAACUUUAUCGUUAUGAUUUUAUCAUUUUCUAGCCUACAUUAUAUAGGGUACCAUGGUUCUUUUAUUUUUAAAUUAUUAUAGCCUUUUUAUCAGUUUGGAAAUGCAGAUAUCCUAUACAAUUUCCUAUGGCAUAUCAUGUUUAUACAAGAUUUGAAUGAUUUUAAACCUGUUCAUAUUUUGCUUUAAAAGAGGAAUACAGUUGAAUGUGUUUGGUUGCAUAUAUGUAUAACAUUGAACCAAUAAGUAAAAGUGGCUUUCAUUCCUCUACCUUCCUAUGGGAUAGCAGGAUGCUGAGCUCAGCCAACCCAUAGCUGAUUUUGGAAGUUAUGUCCAUGUGUACUGCCAAAUAUGAACAUAAAGCUCACUAUAUACUUAUAAAAUUCUCCUAGAAAAAGUAUCUAUGUAGCAAGGCUUAAAAAAUGAGUUUCAUGCUAAGAAUUAAGCCUGGUGACCAAGUUAGUCUUUGGUAUGCAUUUGAUACCUGCCAUAGAUAGGAGGUGCGCCUACAGCAAAAUGGCUCAACAUGUAACAAUGCCACUUGGUAGCAGAUGUUUAAAAAUAGCCAAUCUUAAUUAACUGCUUUCAUAUGCUGUCCACUGCGCUCAGUGGGUUUCAUGGGGUGGUGUUAUUAUCACUAUUAUGUAGAUGAGCAAAUCAAGGUUCUUAGGUAUUCUGGAAUUUGUUCAGUUUCACAUGAUUGGAACAUUGUGGUCUUGUCUUUCAAGUCCAUGUCUACCAUACUCCACAGACCCUUUUCUGUCCACUUUGUCACCUAUAAUUCUGAGCUCCAAUAUGAAGACUUCACCAUAUUUGAAAGAGAAUAGUGGGAAGUCUGAUGCUCAAUUUUGUAUACAAAACAGUUGCCUCUGUGACAUUGCCACUGCUGAAAUAAGGAAAUCCCCUUUUGAUUCAGGGUAUUAUUUAAUUAUUGCAAAUCUCCUGUCAUAGAUCUGAUACUCAAGUUAAAAAAUUAGGCUCAGGUUCUUACCUAUGAUUUUGCUUUUUAUAGUACUUUGAAACCUACAAAAUUUACAUUCAACAUUUACACAUACAAAAUUCAUAUAGUCUUUCAAAACUAAGAUUGCAUAAUUUGAUGGCUUGAAAUUUUAAGUAUUACAAUAUAAACAGCAGAGACUUCAUGUUUAGGAUUAAUAAUUUUUAGUAAAUGACAUUAUCCUUUGCAUUAUCAUUUCUUGGUGUUUUGUAUUUAUAUCACAUUUAUUUUUAUUUUUGAAAUUUCACAUUUCAUCUCAUUUUUAUAUGUUAUUUGUUUAAAGGUAAGGUUUUAACAAAGGACGUUGCAUAAAAUAAGAUGUUUUUAAAUAGAACUUAGCAAAAAAUAUUAAAUCGUAUUCAGUUUAAAUUCAAUUUAUAUGUUUUCUUACAGGAAAUAUUCUGGAAAUCAAUGUAUUUUUUUCCCAACAGAGAAAUUUUUAAUUAUUAUUUAUAGAAACUAUAAAUAAAUUUAAUAUUUAAAGCAU